AGUCACCAAAACACUCAUUGACCAGAAUCCCCUGCGCCACCGGAGCGAGGUCAGUUACGGCUGAAGUUGUCGAGUUAGCGCCUCGACUAACGACCUCGUGUUACCGCUGCGCCGCCGUGUUAACGUGGCCACAGCCGAGCUCUGCUGAGACAAUGAAUUACGCAAGAUUCCUGACAGCUGUUAGUGCAGCCAGGAAACCUUCUCCCAUCAGGAUGCUGACUGAGCUGCAGCAACGCUCGCCUCCGUCCCUGAUCUCUCUGGCUGGAGGAGCACCCAACCCCAGCACCUUCCCCUUCCUGUCGGCCUCCAUCAAGGUGAGGCAUGGAGACACGGUCACCUUUGAUGAGGCUGCUAUGAAGAGGGCCCUGCAGUAUUCAGCCUCUAAUGGAAUUCCCGAGCUGCUGACGUGGAUGAAGAACCUGCAGAAGCAGCUCCAUAACCCUCCGACAGCCAGCUACAGCCCCGAGAACGGCCAGAUGGACGUGUGUGUGACGACGGGGAGCCAGGAGGGGCUCUGUAAGGUGUUUGAGAUGUUGGUCAACCCAGGAGACAACGUUCUGCUGGACGCUCCCACGUACCCGGGCACGCUGGCGGCACUUCAGCCACUCGGGUGCAAUAUAAUCAGCGUCCCCAGCGAUCAGCACGGCAUCGUCCCGUCAGCGCUGAAGGAGAUCUUGUCUCGGUGGGACCCGUCGCAGGUCCACGCUCCCGGCAGCACGGCUCCUAAGAUCCUGUACACCAUCCCCAACGGAGGAAACCCUACCGGUGCCUCCCUGACGCCUGAGAGGAAGCAGCAAGUGUAUGAGUUAGCCCAGCAGUAUGACAUGCUCAUCAUCGAGGAUGACCCUUAUUAUUUCCUCCAGUUUAACAAGCCGUUGGCUCCCACGUUCCUCUCCAUGGAUGUUGACGGGAGGAUCAUCAGGACCGACUCCUUCUCUAAGAUCCUGUCGUCGGGGCUGAGAAUCGGCUUCGUAACUGGUCCCAAGCCGCUGGUGGAGCGGGUGGUGCUGCACAUCCAGGCCUCCACGAUGCACACCAGCACCUUCACACAGCUCAUCGUGUCUCAGCUGUUGCACAGCUGGGGUCAGGAGGGUUUUCUUCAGCACAUAGAAAGGGUGAUCGAGUUUUACAGGAAACAACGCGACGCCAUGAUCUGCUCCGCUGACAAGUGGCUGAAAGAUGUGGCAGAGUGGCACGUCCCGUCAGCAGGCAUGUUCCUGUGGAUCAGACUAAAGGGCAUCGCCGACACGCAGCGGCUCAUCAUGGAGAAGGCGCUGGAGAAAGAGGUGCUGCUGGUUCCUGGAGGCGUCUUUAUGAUCAACAGCACUCUCCCCUGCCCCUACGUCAGAGCCGCGUUUUCUCUAUCAUCACCAGAGCAGAUUGAUGAGGCUUUCAGAAGACUCUCUCUGCUCAUCAAAGAAGCUCUGUGAUGAGAAAUAAUUGUUUUUAAGCAAACUGUUUUUAUUUCUGAAAGCUUUAAAACCUACAAAAUAUGUUUACAACUAAUAAUGCUGUAUUAUUAUGAUGUGAUUAGAUCUGAUCUAAUCUAAUCUUUAAAACAAAAGAGGAUUUUAGAGAAAAUGUUUUAGUUUCUAUUUUUUGUCGCAGGCAUUUUUGUUCUUUUUAGAGCAAACACCUGUGAGAGUUUGACCUCAUUACAGGCUGCUCCAUAAAUACGCUACAGUGCAGAUGUCUUCGUCUGUUCCAUGUAGGACAAAAUAAAUUAAUUUUUUAUCGUU